CACACAGUAUACACGUUUUCCACGUCGAGAACGUCGGUCGUCGUCGGGUUAUUCGCGGCCUUGAUACGCAUGCGCUCGUCUCUUGAUCCUAGAAACAAAAUUGCUGCGUAAGAGAGUUGAUAAUACGCGAGUAUGAAAUGAAAAAAAAAGCAAAGCAAGGUAAAGGAGGAACUCACAAUUCACUCUUUCACUCUAGCACGAAUGUAGCCGAGCUUACGCCGCGUAUUGUGCACGCUGUCGAAGAGACUCUCGCGAAUUUUCUUCUCUCUGUACCUACUACACGGUCAUGUAUACCACGGUUGUUUACAUCGGGCUAAAUGCGCUUCGUAAUUUUAUCCAAAGGCAAAUCUUUCUGGGUUAAGAUAUUCGUACUGGUGAUCUUGUUAUCGUUUUCGAUCUACGUAUACUGCAACAUGAGCUGCUUCGCCUCAAAAACUGAGAACGUCGUAUGCCCGAUACUAGGUCCAACGAAAAUGUCGAAAAUAUUUUUCCUGCUGGCGUUAUGGAUCAAAGUGAUAACAUCAGAUUCCAGUACGAAUUCAAUCCAAGGAGGCAUACUAUAUCCACGCGAAUCUGAAUCCAGGGAAGUGAAAUCACUGGAUGGUAUUUGGAACUUCAGACUUUCAGACACUGAUCCUUUAUUAGGAUUCAAAGAAAAAUGGUACUCGAAGGAUUUAAGCAAAACAGGACCAGUUAUACCGAUGCCAGUGCCAAGUAGUUACAAUGAUAUAACAGUCGAUAAAAAAAUCCGAGACCAUGUUGGUUUUGUAUGGUACGACAAAACGUUUUUCGUACCUGACUCUUGGCGUCAGCUUGGAUAUCACGUUUGGUUGAGAUUCAGUAGUGUACAUUAUGCUGCACAAGUGUGGAUUAAUGGGCAUUUAGUUAUGAGCCAUGAAAUUGGUCAUUUGCCAUUCCAUCGGGAAAUAGCUUCGUAUUUACAAUUUGGGAAACAAAACAGAGUCACCGUAGCUGUUGAUAAUACUCUUUUACAAACCACAUUACCCCAAGGAACUUUGCAGGAAUUGAACACAGAUUUCGGAGUGGAAACAGUUCAGAGCUAUACGUUUGAUUUCUUCAAUUACGCCGGUAUCCAUCGUUCUGUGCAUUUAUACACUACUCCGGCAGUAUACAUAGACGAUAUACACAUUUUAACUGAUAUUAAAUCCGAUGGAACUACAGGUUUAAUUCAUUACAAUAUUACUAUUGGUGGAGCAAUACCUCAUGGAACUGAAUCGAUUAUGUGUGUUGUCGAUUUACUCGAUCAUGAAAGCAAUUUUAUCGUAAGGAAGAAUAGAAAUUCAACUCUGAGUGGCCUUUCUGGAACGAUCGAAGUACCCAAAGCUAAAUUAUGGUGGCCAUAUUUAAUGGAUCCGAAUCCAGGCUACAUGUAUACGUUACAAGUGCAAAUAUCUGAGCAAGAAUGGGGCUCGAAUGACGUUUACAGGCAACCAGUUGGCAUCAGAAGCUUGACUUGGAAUAAUACCAGUGUUUUAAUCAAUGGCAAACCGAUUUAUUUGAGAGGUUUUGGAAGACAUGAGGAUUCAAAUAUUAGAGGCAAAGGAUUAGAUCUGGCUUUGGUGACGAGAGAUUAUAAUUUACUCAAGUGGAUUGGAGCAAACGCUUAUAGAACAUCACAUUAUCCUUAUGCUGAAGAAAUCAUGGAUUUUGCUGAUCAACAGGGUAUAAUGAUUAUCGACGAAUGUCCAGGAGUUGAUGUUGAAAAUUAUUCCACGUUGCUGCGUAAAAAGCACAUGGACAGUAUGGCCGAACUAAUUCGUCGGGACAAGAAUCGACCAAGUGUAAUUAUGUGGUCAAUCGCUAACGAACCAAGAUCUCAGUUAAAAGAAGCCGACGACUAUUUCAAAUCCUUAACGGAAUUUGUAAGGAGUAUUGAGACUUCGCGUCCUUUAACCGCUGCUUUAAAUAGGGGGUACAGUGAAGAUCUUGCGGGCCAGUACUUGGAUGUGAUUGGAUUCAAUAGAUAUAACGCUUGGUAUUCUAAUCCGGGUCGUUUAGAAGUAAUACAGGUUUCGUUGGAAGAUGAAGCUACAAAGUGGCAUAAAAAAUAUAAUAAGCCAGUUUUUAUGUCUGAAUAUGGCGCAGAUACGAUGCCAGGCUUGCAUUUGAGUCCAUCUUACGUUUGGUCUGAAGAAUACCAAAUUGAAUUAUUUUCUGAGCAUUUCAAAGCAUUUGAUAAUUUAAGGAAGAAGAAUUUCUUUAUUGGUGAAAUGAUCUGGAAUUUCGCCGACUUCAAUACAGCUCAAACAACUACACGAGUCGGUGGUAACAAAAAAGGAGUAUUUACACGUGAAAGACAACCUAAAUCAGCAGCCUUCCAUGUACGCAGACGAUACUGGUAUUUAGCCAAAGAACUAGAUCGCGUAUCUUUGCCAUCUGAUAUUCGUCCUUACGAAGCAUCCAUGCCAAAUACCCUUAGAACGGAACUUUAGGUGUGAAAAUUAAAAAAAAACGACCAUAUUUUUUGAUAAAGUUCCUUUUCAAUAUUUAUUAAGAUUUUUUACAAAUCGUGUACAACAACAUAUUACCUAUACAUUGUGUCUUCGUUUAAAUGAUAUAUUUUAUUUCGAUGCAAAGCAUAUAUCCAAGGUUAUUUUUUAAUUAAACAAGACUGAUGUUAAUUUAACGAAGAAAUCGUUAUACAUACCGUAUUUUUUUCUAUUUUGUAAGUUUGGAACAGAGAAGAGUUGAAUUUUGUUGUAUGAAUUUUUGUUUAUGUUGUUACAAUGCCGAUAUGUAGAGGUGCAAUAAUACGCUAGUCGCGUUAAUUUAUGUACGUUUCAAAUUGUGUUUUUUUAAAUGUAUUGUUAAAGAUUUUUCUUAAUUUGUUGUAUGUUUUCGUGUUAGCGUCUAAGGAUGCGAAAACGCCAGAUAAUUUUGCACCUGUGUGGAUUUUAGAAACGGAUAAUAAUUUUUGUUUAGUUUUUACGUGUUAUUGUGAUGAUAUAUGAAGUAAAAUAAAUUACACGUUGAACGUG